AUGCCAGUUCCUCAGUCUGCCAUCAUCAUCGGGGGGUCCGUUGCUGGCCUGCUCCAGGGCCUUCAAUUAAAACGUCAGGGUGCCAACGUCAUUGUACUGGAGCAAGACCCUUCGAGUGACCGUCAUAGCCAUGAGUCGGGAGUCUCAAUCGGUCCUACUGUUGUUAAACUACUUCAACAGUACGACGCGACCGGUAGACCAGCAGCAAUCCCCGCGCGCUAUAUGAGCGCUGCAUGGCGCCUGCGGCCUCGCGUUGGCAGUGUGACCUGGAAACACAACAUGAGCAACUGGGGAUGCCUUUACUUGAUUCUUCGAGCUAACUUCGAUGGGAUGGCAUCUGAAACUGUUCCUCAGCCACCAGCCCCAAGACCUACGGAUGGUGUCGUUGAAUAUCACGCCGGCAGGAAGGCGACAGGAGUAAGCUAUAACUCAGAGAAAGACAUCAUGACCGUGAACUACGUCGACUCCGUGACUGGAGCUCAUGGCACUGUCAGUGCAAGCAUAGUGAUUGCUGCAGACGGAGUUCACUCCACUAUUCGGAAGAUCAUGCAAGUUCCGACACGAAAAGACUAUGCCGGGUAUAUUGGAUGGCGUGGCACAGUCCCUGAGCGACUAUUGUCAAAGGAGACGGUGGAGUAUUUCUCAAAUCGACUCAAUUUUACUUUUUUGAAGGGCACAUAUUUUAUCAGCUAUCUCAUUCCAACCGAAGCCGGCAACGUCGAGCCUGGAAAAAGACUGGUGAACUGGGUCUGGUACUUUGUUGUUCCCGAGAACUCUGCAGAAAUGGAUGCCAUUUUCACAGAUGUUGACGGGAAGCUUCACCCUAACACCGUCCCACAUGGGAAGAUCAAGCCGGAAAUUUGGUCUGAACAGAUCGCUCGAUAUGUUUCCCAGAUGACUGCACCCCUUGCUGAGAUUGUAACGAAGACACCUCGACCGUUCGUCACGAAAGUCGGAGAGGCGGAGGCGGCUGCUGCGAGCUUCUAUGACGGGCGACUGGUACUUGUCGGCGAUGCGUAUACCGGUUUUCGAUCGCAUCUAGGGAUGGCUUCUGAGCAGGCAGCGCGACACUGUCUCCAAUUGAAUCGAGUAUGGCAUGGUGAGAUCACACUGGAACAGAGAGAUCGUGAGGCAAGAUUCUACUCUAAAAGAUUCAUCUUGCUCAAUCGUAUGAUUGGGCUGACUGGACUUGGGCUCAUGUGGGAGGUGUUCAAGAUUGCGAUCGCCUAUCUGAUGAUACUCGCACAGUAUAAAUUAUUUUAA